UAGAAUUUUAUUUAUGAUAUAAAAAAAUCAUGCUAUAUAUACACUUCCAAAUUUUAUUCAUGUUAAUAUUGAAUGACUCAGGUUUUGAAAACAAUGAAAACUAACAUUUUGCUUAUCUAACAAAAUACUUAGAUCGUACUACUUGUUUUUUUUUCUCUCUCUUGCUUACGUUCAUGUUUUUAUUUCUCCUCCUGAAAUACUAGAAGCAAAGCAAAUUCUCGAGUUGCUCUUUCGUUUUCUCACGUUAUUGAUCAACGAGUAAAAGGUAGCUAGAAGUACAAGUGUACAAAGACAUAUCAAAGCAAAUAUUAACAAGUAGUCAACCAAAAGUGUGAGUGUGAGCAAUAAUCCAAGCAAGUGAUGAACGUUUGGACAAUACCCACAAACGGGAAAGAGAAAGGGAAGGAAAAAGGAAGAAAUGUUAUGACUUAAGCAAAAGGUUAUUAUCGAUAAAAUAUGAUAUUGAAAACAUAUUUUAAGAAAACUCAUAUAAAGUUGUAAAAGCAAAAUUGAAUUUCUAUUCGAAAACUUACGUCCACUGAUCUUCACCGAUCUAACCUCUCUCUUUCUCUCUCUCUUCCUAAUUUUAAACACUUUUCUGUUUCAUUUUCCCCCUUUAUAAAAUCACCAACAAGAAAAGAAAAGAAAAAAAAAAAAAAAUUUGAUCUUACCGUCGUAGCUGUGGAGUUGCAAGAUCGCCUUUUUCUUUGUUCAAGUAACGGUAACUUCUCUUCAAUCAAUUUCUCAUCAAGCAUUAUAAAUUCAAUUUUAUUUCCCGUGAUCUCCAUCCCAAGCUCUUCCCCAAAAAUUCAAUCCUUCACUUCUCGUUUCUCCCUCCGAGCAUCAUCACUCAUGGCGAAGAGCAUUUUGGUCACUGGUGGAGCUGGAUACAUCGGCAGCCACACAGUUCUUCAACUUCUUCUCGGCGGUUACAACGCCGUCGUCGUCGAUAACUUGGAUAACUCCUCCGAGAUCGCUAUUCGCAGAGUCAGAGAUCUCGCUGGAGAUUUAGGGAAGAAUCUCACAUUUCACAAGCUUGAUUUGAGGGAUAAACCAGCUCUCGAGAAGGUUUUUGCUUCGACGAAAUUCGAUGCUGUCAUCCACUUUGCUGGACUUAAAGCAGUUGGCGAAAGUGUCCAAAAGCCACUGCUCUACUACGACAACAACUUAAUAGGGACAAUUGUCCUGUUUGAAGUCAUGGCUUCCCACGGAUGCAAAAAGCUUGUGUUUUCAUCAUCAGCCACCGUUUAUGGUUGGCCAAAGACAGUCCCUUGCACCGAAGAGUUCCCUCUGUCUGCAACAAACCCUUAUGGACGAACCAAGCUUUUCAUCGAAGAAAUUUGCCGCGAUAUUUACCGAUCAGAUUCAGAUUGGAAAAUCAUAUUGCUUAGAUACUUCAAUCCAGUAGGUGCUCAUCCCAGUGGAGACAUUGGUGAAGACCCCCGUGGAAUUCCCAACAACUUGAUGCCCUUUGUGCAACAAGUUGCUGUUGGCAGACGGCCAGCCUUGACAGUUUUCGGAUCCGACUACUCUACCACGGAUGGAACCGGGGUUCGUGACUACAUUCAUGUUGUUGAUUUAGCUGAUGGACAUAUUGCUGCAUUGCGCAAAGUGGAUGAUCCCAGCAUAGGCUGUGAGGUUUACAAUCUGGGAACUGGAAAGGGUACUUCAGUUUUGGAGAUGGUUUCAGCAUUUGAAAAAGCGUCUGGAAAGAAAAUUCCUCUUGUGAUGGCGGAUAGACGACCGGGAGACGCCGAAGUCGUAUAUGCCGAAACAGAUAAAGCAGAGAAGGAGCUGAAAUGGAAGGCAAAGUAUGGAAUUGAAGAAAUGUGCAGAGAUCAGUGGAACUGGGCAAGCAAAAAUCCUUAUGGUUAUGAAGCUUCAGCCUCCAAAAAUUGAGUAAACCUAAUUUCCACUGCCUCGUUUUGGCCAUUUUGUUGCCCCCUUUUGAGUUUUGCAUCUCUCUCUCCGUAUCCAUGAUGUGGAAUAAGCCGAAGCCGAUCGUUUUCUUCUUUCCAUUGUAGUGUUUUUAUUAAGCACUUGUCCUUUUUGAUCUUCAUCGGAGUCGGAAUGUAAACUUUUGAUUUAAUCCAUAAGUUUAUCUUCCACGAGAUUAUCAAUAA